GAAUAAAGGGAGUGUACCACAGUCCUUAAUCAGCUGCAGAUUAGCUGGAUGGGUGAAAGACAAGCAAUUCAGUUUUCACAUUCCUCAAAAACAUGAGAACAGUCCAGAAGCAUAUCUGUCAUCUUUUCCAAUAAAUCAAGAGAACCUCUCAAAAGCUGCAAUUAAUUCAUGUAACGACAGUGGAGGAACAACAUAUGAGUCAUUGAAUAAUACAUCCAUUGUGAAGAAUGGAGUCAUUCCAGAAGAAAUUAAUUCUCAAAAUACAAAUUUGUCAAGGGCAAAAGAAAACCUUUCUUUGGUGAAAGAGGAGAAUCUACAUAAUGGAGAAAACGAGCAAAGAGAAGAUGUGGAACAACCAAUAAGGCAUGUCAGUGUUACUGGAGAAAUUGUCAUACCACCAGGUGGAAGAACAUUCAUAGUGAUCAUAUGUACAGCUGUAAAUCCUGGAUACAGUAAAGAACUCCUGUUGCUUGGUUUUUCUGAUUUCACUGUUGGACGCUAUAUUGAAGCCACUGUUACCAGUGAAGAAGAACUACUAAUAGCACCUGUGGAACCAUUUUCGCCAAGAAAUCGUAAAGUUAUUCCUGAACCUCAGCUGAGGAAGACAACAGUGCUUGCCCCUACAUGCAGAAGUCACAGAAGGCAGUUGCCAAGUUUUCUACCUCAUUAUACCAUACCAGAUGAGUUAAGAAAAUGUGUGGACCAGAAGUUAGACAUACUGACCUUUCAGCCUCUCCUAGCAGAGCAUCUUAAUCUAGAUAAUUAUAAAGCAAACUUUUCUACUCUCUUGUGGCUUGAAGAGAUCCAUGCAGAAAUGGAGAUAAAAGACUUUAACAUGAGUGGGGUUACUCUGAAAAGGAAUGGGAACUUGCUAGUGUUGGAAGUGCCAGGAGUAGAAGAGGGCAGACCGCCCUUGACUACAGGUGGUAAAGUGAUACUGAGAAGUCAGGUCUACUCUGAGCAUAUAAUAGAAUACGUUGGCUAUAUUACCGAGAUAUGUAAUGAAGAUGUUACUCUUAAAUUUAAUGAAGACUUUGAACAGGCUUACAACUUGGAACCCAUGGAUGUGGAAUUUGUUCAUUGCAGGAUUACUAGCAGGCGAUGCCAGUUGGCAGUUGAGCAAGCUAUCUACCUGGGUGAAAAAGUGUUAUUUCCUGAAAGGCUUGUCUUACAAUCACCCCAAGCUAUCAAGACCCAGAAUACUACUGAGUGUUGUGUUGUUGAUGAUGGCCUUGAACAUAGUUUCCAGAGGGAAAGUAAGGUAAAAAAACUGCAGAACAAACAGGCAAAAUUUGGUGAAACUGUGACACUUAAACAGAAAGCUGGUGAAUUUUUCAAUCCUAUGCUGAAUGAGCAACAGAAACUGGCAGUGAAAAGGAUACUGAGUGGUGAAUGUCGUCCAACACCUUUUAUUCUCUUUGGGCCACCGGGAACUGGAAAAACAUUAACAGUAGUUGAAGCUAUUUUGCAGAUACAUUAUACUCUGCCAGAUAGUCGAAUUUUGGUUUGUGCGCCAUCAAAUGCUGCGACAGAUCUGAUUUGCUUGCGGCUUCAUCAAAGCAAUCUGUUAAAACCAGGAGCUAUGGUCCGAGUUAAUGCUAGCUUCAGGUCAGAAGAGCAAAUUGAUGACAGGGUGAAACCUUACUGCAAAGACGGUGAAGAUGUUCGGAAAGCUUCAUGGUUCAGAAUAAUAAUUACCACAUGCAGCAGUGCAGGAAUGUUUUACCAAACAGAAAUACGGCUUGGACACUUCACUCAUGUGAUACUGGAUGAGGCAGGGCAAGCAAGUGAACCAGAGAGCCUGAUUCCUAUUGGGUUGAUUUCAGAAGCUAAUGGACAGAUAGUUCUUGUUGGAGAUCCAAAGCAGUUAGGGCCAGUAAUAAAAUCUAAAAUUGCACUGACUUUUGGAUUAAAUGUGUCCUUGCUGGAAAGACUGACAUCAAGAGAGAUAUAUCUGAGAGAUGAGGACACUUUCAGUGCCUGUGGAGCAUAUAAUCCUUUGUUGAUCACAAAACUCGUAAAGAACUACAGGUCACAUUCUGCAUUGCUUGCCUUGCCAUCUAAAUUGUUUUAUCAUAAGGAGCUAGAAGUUUGUGCAGACACUUCAGUAGUAACUUCUUUGUUGCACUGGAGGAAAUUGCCCAGGAAGGGAUUUCCAUUAAUUUUUCAUGGAAUAAGGGGCAGCGAAACACGUGAAGGUCAAAGUCCUUCAUGGUUUAAUCCAACUGAAGCAGUUCAAGUAAUGCAGUACUGUUGCCACCUUGCUAAAAAUGAAAACGCUGCAGUGUCAGUGGCUGAUAUGGGAGUGAUUACACCCUAUCGUAAACAGGUGGAAAAAAUUAGAUUUCUUCUGAGAAGUGUUGAUUUGGCAGAUAUCAAAGUUGGCACAGUAGAAGAGUUUCAAGGACAGGAGUACAUGGCUAUCAUCUUAUCAACCGUGCGAUCUCAUGAAGACCUGUUUAGUGAUGACAAACACUGUUUGGGCUUUCUCUCUAACCCAAAGAGAUUUAAUGUAGCAAUUACUAGAGCAAAGGCUUUGCUGAUUGUCGUGGGAAAUCCUCAUGUUCUUGUGAAAGAUCCCUGUUUUUGUGCACUGUUGGAAUACAGUUUAACAAAUAGAGUUUAUGUAGGUUGUGACCUACCUUCAGAGCUGGAAUGCCUGCACAA